CAGUUAGUUUUCGUUCGUUGUCAUUGCCAGUUUGCAGUUUGCGGAGAUCGCGCGGUCUUGGCCAAUAGCUUGGCCAGUUAACCGUUAAGUUGAUUGACUACACUUGUGUCUGUGCUGUGCCAGUGUAUGUGCAAUAUAAUGCUAAAAUGCCCAGCUCUCCAGAAAAAGAGAAUUUACUCGUGCUUAUGUUUUUGGGGACUUCUUGAAAAUCAAGUAAAGGUUUGGCUCAUCAGCAAACCGAAGCAGUUUUCAGCAACCAUUGAGGAAAAGAAAGAAAAAUAAAAAUAGUAGUUAUUACUGAAAAAAAGAGCUGAGCUUAAAAAGUGUUUAUUUGGACUAAUACAUAUAAUUCAAUUUUUUGAUGAACAAAGAAAAAAAAAGUGAAAAAAAAAUAAUAGUGGUGCAAAAGUUCGAAAUAUCGUUAUUUAUUCAUCCGUGUAUCUUUAUGCAUUCUUCACCAUUAUUCUUGGAUGCUUAUCUUUAACCAAGGAAUGGUUUUCCCGAACCAAUUACUUCAUAGAAAUAUUGCAUCUAAAAAGUAUUGAACUGGAUAGCAGAAAAAAAAACCGAAAACACAUAAUGAGAUAAAUACAUACGGCGACUAUGGAUUUGAUGAACAUUGACCAGCAGAACAUCAGGAAAAAAUUAUGAAAAACAGUUGUGUUAUUAAUUAUAUUUCCAACAACUGCUUAUUUUGUGAUGAGAAGAAUAGUCGUACGAAGUGGUUUUUAAAAAAUUACUAAAAGAAUUUUAAAGAACCGUCGUGAAAUGGAGCAUCUAGAUUUGGCAGGAUAUCUCUCCAAUGCAUCGAAAACAUGGAACUGCCUUGGAUCCUUCGAACAACAAGAUGAUGCUUGCUUAUCCAAUUCGCGCCAAAUAUUAGAGCCUAUUAUGGAGGAGACAAGCGAGGACGAAGAAAAUGCCCAGGGCAGCUGGAACGGAAACCAGGAGCAACGCAACAGCUUUUGGAGUUCUACGGAGUCCGACACAGGCUCCGUCAUACGCGUCGAAAUAACAAAAGAUAUUGACGCCAUAUCUGAGAGAGACUUCGCCUGCCCUCCAAAGCGAGCCAGAAGGUGCCAAGAACUUGAUCAAGUAGACGGCUUGGAUGAUAGCGUACAACUUCGUCGUUCUUUACACUUUGAUCCUGAGCCCCCAACCAGCCAGGACCGCUUUUUGUCAGUGGAGCCUUAUACGCGUGACAGUUAUGGGAGUCAGGGGCAAAGAAGCAGUACCGGCAGCCGUCGUGGUGGAGUUUUUGAUGAGUACUUCUCAGACAAUGACUCCUACCACUCGCUGUCCCGCAGUUCUUCUUUAGUGCAAUUCGAGUCCUUGGAACGGCAGCUCACACUACAAGAGCAGCACCAAAGUAUGAGCAGUCUGGGAAACAGCUCACCAUCGCUCAUAAGCUGUGAACAAGGUGCUGGUGUAGUCACGUCCGACGCGAAUCCGGAAAGCAGAAGGGCGUCAGCCUCGUCUCUGACUCUGAUGAAGCGGUACGAGUCAAGCGACGGACGCCUGCACCAAACCUAUUAUGAGCUUAACAAGCUUAGCUUCGAGGACCAGCAAGAGCGGAAACUUUUUUCGAAGAACCUUCAUCAAGCAGAGCUAAAGUCGGAUUCGGAGUCUAGUUCUAGCUCCAGCGAUGCCAGCGGACGCAGUCUUCUUAUCUCGGUCUCUGGAAAUGGAAAUAUGGGAGAUGGGGGGAAAACGGAUGGAGUCACUAUUCGCCGAUUGCCACUUACCUCGGCAGAAAACCUUUCGGAGGACUCCGGCUAUUGUGAACCAAGUACAUUGCAGCGUGAUACGUCUAAAUCGAUACCCCAGAAUUUCGAUAAGCUGUCCGAAGAGGAAGAGAUACAGCUUCUAGAGGACAGCUCACCCAAUCCGCAAAACUCCACCGACGAGGAUGAUUUGUGUCAGCUGAAAAUAGAGCAGCCGUCGGGCACAAGCACAAUGCCCUGCUCUCAGACGUUGGCUAUUAAUAGUUCCCCGGAGAGUCCCACCUCUUCGGCAUCGUCUGAAUCGGAAUCGAUGAGUCCAUCGGCCUCAGACUCAGCAUCACCUUCACAACUUCCAUCGCCGAGCGGAUCAGAGGCAUCGUCGGCCGCCUCGUUUACAUGGCUGCACAACAGUUUGCCCGAUAUACGCGAGCCGCGAGGUUCGUCGUCGCCUAAAACAGUAGUCAUCGAUCCAGCGCUCCCUACUUACGUCACCGGCUACGGGCUGGCCACUAACAGCAAAAGAACGACGAACAGCAGUCGGAGCAGCAGCAGCUCCUCUGCUGCAGAUUUUUCCCCGCCCCUAGGCACCACACAUUCGCUUCCCAACGAGCUGCAGCAACUCGGACGUCGGCGUAGAUCGCGCAACAGCCGGUCCCACCAACGAAAUUGUCGCAGUAACAGCAACAGCAGCGGCGCAAGUUCCGGCGACGAGUGGGAGGCGGAGGAGAGGCGCGACUACUUCUUCGACUGUCACAGCCUGUCGAAGAUCCGCCGUAGCUGUAGCUGGAACGACCGAGCUGUUGGGAUUAGUCGACGUGUGGAUCGCUCCCGAACUUCAGUAGGCGUGGCCAGUGCGGGGUAUCUUAACGCUAGUUACCAAAACCUCACUCUGCUGGAUUAUACCGAUCAGAAACCUACAGCCGAACAGCUUCAGAGAAACCACAAGAGGACCAAAUGUGCCAAGAUGUCGGACCGCAGCAGCGUUUCUGGUGGGGACUAUGAGCAGGUGAUCUGCAAAGGAAAUUUUUUGCUUGAUGAAAUCAGCAAAAUCUACGACAAAAAUGUAUCCAUCCUUAACGAUAUGCCCAUUGCGGAUCAAGACAAAACCCUAUCAUCAGCUGACAAGACCACUACGGAAGUACUUCAGGCUACUGAAGUUUCUGAUUCCAGCAUGACGAUCGAGGUAACAGGAAAUAAGGACUCGCAAGAUUCGAUCGAGGCGCCACAAGUGCAGCACGUUCAAUUGACAAUCAGAAAGCCACCGCCACGAACCAAGCGAAUAGCUGUAAAUCCUCAAACUCAUUCAACCAGUCAAGCUGGAUUCCAACCAGCUACAAUGAACUUUAGCAGCUUCGGUAAAACAUUUGACCAGGACCCAACCAAUUUGCGCACCUCUUAUGCCCAAAGCCUGGAGCAGUGUAACUUCAAUAUCCAGGAAGUCACAGCCCCCAAACCACAAGUGCUUCCGACACAGCCAUCUUUGCCGAAGCGACGAUUUCAAUCACAUGCAGCGGGCGCAAAGACACGUAGCCUUGUCAGCAGUACUCCCGACCUUUCUGCCUAUGUGGACCGGCAACAAGACCAAGAGGACGACAUUUACGUUAGCAGCGCCCACACAUCGAUGCACCAGCUGCCGCAAACACCCACCCUACCCAAGCCUUUGGGCAUCCUACUGCCCGCUGGUUCCAGAAACUCAUUCAGCAAGGAAGUAAGUUUCUGUCCAGUGGUGAGCAAAUACUGUUGGCAGGAGCAGUCCUCCGAAGAGCCCCAGGAGGAGCAUGCAAAUUCCAGCGAGGGAGUCUCGAGCGAUGAUGAACUUCUGGACAAUGCUGACGCCACGGUGUUGCACAACACAAAAGAGAACGAGAAUAUCGCGGCCCGUUAUAACGAAGAGCAGACAGAGAGAUAUCGCAGCGAAAGAGCAGAGCCAGCAAGAGAACCGCCGAUCGUCGCAGAAGAGAGCGAUGAGAACAACGAAAACAUCGUGCCGAUCGGGAGAGACCCGAAAUGCGAAACUAAAACAAACCAUGAGCUCGCUUCAGACAACGCAGUUACAGUUAAUCUUGAUUCUCUGCUCUGCCCGCCCGGUUUACACUUGCCAGCCCGGUUCGCGCAGCCAUCGCUACCGACACCGCCCACGUACACACCCACGCCCGAACCCUCCCAUCGUCCGGUAAUACGUCCAUUGAGUCUGCACCUACCCAUUCUCAGCGAGCCACCCACCAAUCGCGCCCACCACAUCUUGUACGCCUCUCAGCAACUUUUACAGCGUUUCGACACAGAGGAUCCAGAAAUCGGCAGCAGCGUUGGCGAUAUGCCACCUGCCAGUGAUCCUAAGCAACAUGCGGUCGCAGCGGGGUCGGCAGGAGAAAAGCAACCUAGUUCCAAAAGCUUCCUUUCUAGGUUCGCUCAUGGACUGCGAUUGUCAUUGCGACGCAAAAAGAAGCCACAGCUGGAUCGGACGGAUCAAAAGCAGGCACCGGUGGCGGUCAAAGCAGGUACUGUGAAUCGAAGCCAAAGCAACGAAAAUGGUCGCGUGUGCAGAAGCUCGGACAGCUUUAUUCAUAUACCACUGAAGCCCCCAAGGAAUGUUCAAUCCUGCCAGCUCGACGACAGUGUCGUCUCCGAGGCUAGUACAGUGAGUGUACACAGCGUUCGAAAGCCAGAACAGCUGGCCAAAACCUCCACAUUGCAAAAGGUGACUGGUAAACCGCCGUUGCCCAAGCAGCCUCCCCGAAGUGGCAGCCUAACGCAUGCGCCUCAAGGAACGCCUCAAAGUGCCGUUGCCGGGCCCAGUGCUGCCAGUGAAAGCGAAGCAAUGCUCGAAGCCGAGCGGGAGCAGUACCAAAAGUUCGCCAAACAGUUGUCGGCUGGCGUUCCAGCCAAAAUGCGGGACACCGAGUCGCCUUCGCGGGCUACAGUGGCUGAAAAGACCCAAAUGUUCAACCAAUUGGGUGGAAACGGAAGUGGGUUAAGACCCACUGUGGUCACCGCCGUACCCGUUGCCGUUUCACCCGAGUAUUGUGCCGGGAAAAUGGGGUUGAUUGAAACCAAUCUGGACACCCACGAGACUAUUAUUUCAGGAAAAACUCGCUCCCUCAUGGACAUAACCAGCAACCCGCUCAGUCUUCCACACAAGCGAUACAUUGUAAAACGCUUAAACGUGACUAGCGCGGCCUACGAAGUGGAUGAUCUAAACGGAGAUGCCGUCAAAAAUUCAAUAGGUGGAGGAGUCGUCCAAAUCGCGUCAGUUCGGAGACCGCACAAGAGCAUGGAAUUCCUGCUCGACAAGGAAAAUCAGAAAAAUGCUUUGCCUCCUGAGAAUGAACUUCGAAAAUCUCAUGAUCAAAACCCGGCCGCCUUGAGCGAACAUCAGCUACGUGUACAGGCCUCUCUGCAGCGGCUUAACAUUCCCGACUGGUUCCGACACUACAAUCAGGGAGAUGAAAGCACUUCAUGUGGAACAUCUGUCGCCGGACGAACAACUGGGGGCUACCGUCCAGGAAACUUUACCCGCAAACGCACGCAGGAAACAGGUCGUUGGCAGGGACUUAACUCAAAGACGACAUCACUCAGCUCAUUGGGUUCGCAACGUUCCGACAGAAGCCCUUUGCUACUUAGCCCCUCAGCGCACAGUCACCAUGGUGGCCAGAGCUCCUCUACUGGGGGAUCGUCCACUGACCAUGGGGCGGGGCAUGUUCAGACGUGCUUAGGAGCAACCCGUUGGUCCACGUCCCACCUUAACUCUACUCAAACUUCGCCGAUUAUCUCGCAGCGCGGCAGUUUCACGCGGGGAGCGCCUAUUACAAGCAGCUUUAUAUCAGUGGCCAGUAGCAGCGGUGUUCUACGGAACUCCUACCGUCAGCCGUACCUUGGAUGGCGCAGCACAGAAAAGUUAUCCCAACGGACGCCACAUGAACGUUUGGCGAACUCACUUCUGGCGCAGCGUGCAACCCCGUCGUCGAAUUCGGUGACCAAUGGAGUCUCUAAUCAGCAGCCUGUGACAGCAGAGAUCCAAAGUUCCAUUAAGGAGGUAACGUCGGCCAUCGUUCAUUAUGUGAAUGACCAGCAGCAACAGCAAAUGGCGGAGCGCAGCCGCUCAUCCAGUCCGAAUUCAAGAAAAUGCUGGCUGGAGAGUAGCUUUGUUGGCAUAAGGCCUUUGCAUUCGCCACUGACACCUGUGAUUGACAGCAGCCCGCCCACAUCAACACAUGGAAACCAUCAGCUACACAGCUUUUCGUACCACCUGCAUCUGGAAGACGGUCUAAGGCCAGUGGACACUGCUGAGCAACCAUCGCUUCGCAUGAACGGUCUUAGUCGUGUCGGCGGCGGUGGCGCCCCCGAACGCUCUUUGAGCAGCGCCUCGCUAGAAGAUGUCCUAGCUUCGCUUUUAGGACUGCCAACUACUUUCUCCUCCAACCAGAACAGCAAUAACAACAGUAACAGCAGCAGAAACCAAGGUGCAACGUCGAAGACGACAGCAACUGACCCAGUUUAUCGGCAGCAGCUUCAAGCGCUAACGCCUGCCGAUCCACAGAAGAUUCGUAGAAGAAGUGAAGGUGAUGCGGCACACUCUAAAAAAGAGCCAUUUCAGGGCCAGCCAAAUACCAACUUCCACUCACACUUAUAUCAAGGUGAAACUAAUAGUCAACAAAAUGCCAGCUCCAGAAAUCGACGGGUAUCAUUGGAAAAUUCUUCGCCUGCAGAGCCGCAUGAGAAAAGCAGUGAUAAACCAAACGGAGAGCACCAACCGGGAUUGGAACUUCAGGUGCGUUGCCGAAACACUAAGUGUCAGCAAAGUGCCUCUCCGGCACAUGCCAAGAAAGUGUACAAGUCGUGCCAUAACUGCUCCUAUUUAUACUGUACGCGGGAGUGUAGGCGAGCGCACUGGGAGAAACACCGAAAGGCUUGCUUGCACUCGCGUGCAUCAAAUCUCUGCCGGCAGGUGCUAGCCACAUGCAAGGACGACCCCGACUCGCAACGUCAGCUCAGCCUUUUGGCUCGAAAAGGCAGCUUGUCGCAGGGACGGGGUGUUGUACGGGUCUUGUUCCGCAGUGCUGACGCGGCGGAGUGCUUUAUUAAAAACGGGUUUCAGUGCAUGGGCGAGGCCUCUUACGUGCGCUGGCCUGAUCUUAUGCCCGCCGAAAUGGGCUUGGAGCUGUAUUCAGAACUCCUGAAACUUAGCACAGAGUACAAGCCAGAGUCCAAGAUGCUGAUCUACGUGGCUAUAUGCGUGGUAUCCGAAGCGCCUGGAAUGGGGCAGGCGCCUGUGCGAUGGGAGCGCCAACUUGUGUCCCGGUGCGCAAAGCUAAAACUUUGCAAGUCAGCGCUAGCAGAGAUGGAACUACAGCAGCAAGCACUACAACAGUCGCUAUCAGUGGUGGCAGUGCCGGAACGCACCGAGAUCCUCAUCCUCACCUUUAAUCCUGGACAGCGAUCUUUACUUAGUAACCGCGAACUUAUUCUAUCCAACAUACUGGAUAUAUUAUCUCGCCGUGGAGUUAUACUCCACAAACACUACCCGGAGGUCUUUCAGCGGCUUCAAACAUUUACAGAUGGACAAAGUGAUAAAUUUAAUCCAGUGACUUUGCACCCUCGCGAUUCUCAAACGGGACAGAGUUUUGUCUGUAUAAUUAUGCCCGUACAAACUGACGGCGAGCUUAUUAAGCUGCCCUCUGCAGCCGACGGUUGCAACCGGGUCACAACAAUAGAUGUGGGCUCUCCAGCCGCGCUCGCUCAAUUAGAUGACGAUGAGCUACUUAAGCGCAGUUCUCCACCAAGUUGAUUAGUGGCCGGCUACAAAUCCCCCAAAAACGCCAAAACCCAAAUUGGGAAAAGGGGAAAAUUCCAAAAGAAAACCAUAUGUUCGCACUAUGCUUUGGAUACUGAUGGAUUGGGAUGUAGUAUUGAAAGCACUCGUAUGUGAGGAAGUCAGUCCUAACAAAAUGUUAAAGUUAAGUGCUAAAGUUGUCAGUGGGUUAUAUAUAAUGGACAGUCGAGUGCCUCAACUAAAAAUACUCGGUGCUUACUUGUGGCAUUGUUACGUACCAACUCGCUAAGUAUUUGGUUCUUUUUUAAAAUUAUGUUUUAAAAAAUAGUUUUCUAAGAUAGACAAAAUAAAUAGUUAAGGUUAAAAACUAUCAAUAUUUAUAACGAUGUUAUGCUCUUUUGUGAAAGAUUAAAAAAUGUAAAGUUUUAAGUUUUUUCAAAAUUGUGCUUUGAAAGGAAUAAGACAUGUGUUCUGAAAGUUUUUUAAUACCAGAAUCACCGUUCGAAUCGACCAUAAAAGGAAUGCUUAUGACUUUUAAGUUAUGAAUAUUUCCUACGUACGUUUGCAUGCCUCGAAUGCGAAAAAAACCGGAAAGGAAAGCUUACUUCGGGUGGAUCCGAAGUUAAUAUAUGCUGGUAGCUAGAAAUCAGUUUAUAUUAUAAUAUAUAUUAUGUAUCGCAAAUAUAUGCUAGAGUUGGCCGAUUAUAAGAUCUCCAUUACAAGACCAAAUUUUUAAAACCCAUAUUCUUAAAGAAGACUCUAGCUAUUUAAAAGCACCAACGUUGUGUCAUUUCCGAUCGUUAUUCCGCUAUAUGACAGCAAUAGGAUAUAGUGAACCGAUCUCGGCUGUUCCGGCUUAUACAUAUACUGCGUGCAAAUAAGAAUGAACUGUGAGGCUACACUAGGGGCUUGUAUAAAUCAUAUACCGAAAGACGUAUUAUGGUUCAGUCAAGAGAUUUUUUUUCAAAAAUACUAACUCGAGAACGAGACAAUAUUUUUUAAUUCUGUUUCUUAAAUUGUGUUAAUAAAGGUAAAUAUAAUAAUUUUAAAAGAAAUAACCGUGUUAACUUCUUUCUACUUUUCGUUAAAUAAUUAUUUAAAAACAAACAUUUGGUAAGCCAGGAAUAGUAUAUUUAAGAUAUUAAUAAAACGACAUUGAAAAAAAAAAGUU